AUGGAAGUCAUCUCUGCUGAUACUAUCAUAGCAAAGAUCGAAAGAAAUGAAAUUCCUUCAUUAGAGGAUAUCAAGUACAUCAAUGAGACAGCCACCCAAAUGUUCAGAACAAUGCCAAACGUUAUCCCUGUUCAGGCGCCAGUUGUCAUUUGUGGAGAUAUACAUGGACAGUUCGAAGAUCUCAUGGAAUUGUUCAAGAUAGGUGGUAAGAUCCCAUUUACCAACUAUCUUUUCAUGGGAGACUAUGUUGAUCGUGGUGCAAAAUCUGUUGAAACAGUUUCCUACUUGUUCUGUUUAAUGAUUAAAUAUCCAAAGAACAUCACCCUCUUGAGAGGAAAUCACGAAAGUGCCGGAAUCUCACAAGUUUUUGGUUUUCGUGAAGAAGUUGUAAACAGAUAUGGCGACGACACAGUUUGGAAGAUUUAUACAGAAACAUUCUGCAAUAUUCCAAUAGCAGCACUCAUUAACGAUAAGAUAUUGUGCGUUCAUGGCGGUUUGUCACCAUCUCUUCGUACAAUCAAAGAUAUUCAAAUGCUCGACAGAUUUACAGAAAUUCCUCACAAGGGACCACUUUGUGAUCUCGUCUGGAGUGAUCCAGCACCACAGGCAGGCUUCCGUCCUUCAGAACGUGAUGCUGGCUACCAAUUCGGCCCAGAUAUCACUAAACGCUGGAACGAAGAGAAUGGUUUGGAGCUCACAGCUAGAGGACACCAACUGGUUAUUUCCGGUCUUGAAUAUAAUCAUAAUAAUCAAAUUGUUACUGUUUUUAGUGCCCCAGAUUACUGCGGCAGAUGUGGUAACUUAGGCGGUAUUCUCGAACUUGACGAAAAUCUCAAGAAGAAGGAUAUCCGCUUCCCAACAGCAAAUUCUGUUGAAACUUCCCAUGAAGAUAUUCCAAAAUACUACUCUUUUACUGAUGUUGAUUAUGAUUGGUAA